AUGGCGAAGCCCUCGCGUCUAGUCCCGAAGAAGAAGCAGGCAGAAGAGGGAGAGAGAGAGAAUGUCGGGCCACAGCGACGCGUCGAGAGAAAGUACUCUCCCCGCGCGCCCCUUGGGGACAAAUCGCGUGCCCUGAAUACUCAACCCAGCUCGCUCGAUCAGCAUCCGAAGCGCAAGAAGAGCAAGAACUCGCGCAUCGUCACCCCUUCAUCUGGCCGCGCGACACCGCACUCAAUACAGACCGUCCCCACCUCCACCGACAGUCGACCAACAUCCCCGACCUCCCAGUUCUUCCCCACCACCCUGCCCACCAUACUCAACCUGCCCUCCCUCCCCGACUUCAAUCCCAUUCUCCUGGGAUCUCCGGUUGUCUCCAGCACCGCCGUCGCCCAUGUCGAGUCCCGAAACGUCUCGCCCACGCCAUGUCAGUCCAUCCUCUUCCAGUCCUCCGUCGCGGGCUACGCGUCCGGCCGCAACACCCCGGACACGCUGAACAUGCCCGCCUUCACCCACCCCAAUAGCCCGUAUGUCCCUUGGUCUUCUCCCAUCCGCCGCCAAAUAUGCCGCCCUUUCUUCUCCUCCGAGUCCGUCGACCCUCGACCAUCAGUCUCUGUAUCCACACGCACACGCAGCGGCGCACGCGCGCCCGAGCCGACGUUCACGCCACCGAGGCGCAAGCUCGUCACAGCACGCUUGUCGUGGGGUCUGAAAGCCCUGCAAAGCUCUAUGCAGCGCAAGAUGAAGGGCGCGGCGAAGAAACUACGCCGCAGCCGCGCCGACCAGUGGCGCAAGGCCGGGGUGGCAGACCAGCACGUCGCGGUCCCGACCUGGUCCGACGGCUCGACAAUGUCGCUCGAGUCCGUCGACUCUGCCUCGCUCGAGGAGUGGUUGGCGUCGCGGAACUCGCACGACGAGGGGCCGGAGGAGCUACUGGAGGACGAUUGCGGGCCGUCGCAGGAGGAUGGUACACUUGCGAGCGUGGACCACCUGGACACGCCCGUCGAUGAUUGCUCGUACAAGGCCUUCAUGGCCAGCACGUCGACGUACGGGAGUUUGCUCCCUCGAGCCGCACGGCGCUUCACGACCCCUGCGCUCGAGGUGCUGUCCACUCGCUCGCGUAGCCCCUCACCGCUGGGACGCAGCUCCUCACCUCUUGGCGCCUCGUAUCGCUCCCGCAGCCCCUCACCCCUAGGCAUGGACUAUCGCUCGCGAAGCCCUUCACCGCUCGGUAUCGCCUUCCGCCCGCCGUCGUGUCCGCUGCACGCACUCCCGUCCGUCGACGAGCUCUCGGUUGACGAUGGCAUCCAGCCCUCGUGGGCCGAGGUCAGCCCCACAACGCAGUACCUGCGCGUGCCCUCCGCGUCCACGCAGCCGCGCGGGACCGAUUCGCGGCCGGUGUCGUGGCGGUCCAACGCGUAG